UGAGUAAACUGAAUCAGUAUAUGCAGUCAUUUAGUUACGUAUAAGAGGGAUUUUGUCAUUUUUUUGAGGCAGGGAAAAGCUCAAAAACAACCAACUGUCUCGGUAACUUCAUCACUAAAAAAGUGUUAAAUGUUUUUAUGAUCAUGAUUUUAAAUAUCCUUAAACUGUAGUUAAUGUUAAGGUGUUUUUUUUUUAUUUUUUAAAGUGGAUAACAGGAAAUGACAUGCAACAGGUUCAGUAUCAGGUUUAUGCACUGACAUACAAGUUUAAUGUCUAAAUCUGAUUGUUGUUUCAGGGGGGAGAACAUCAUGCUUCUCUUAAAGAUGUCAGUCCAACAAACCAACUGGCUUGUGACGACGAUGCCCAGUCGAAGAUCCUGGGAUUGAGACGUGAAUCCCUUUACACUGAUGGCCUGGACUGAGUUUCAGCUGGCCUGCUGAAGCUAUGGGGAGCUGUUGGAGCUGUCUGUACAGAGACCCCAUCCGAGACAACCAUCUCACCAAAUUUAAGGUCACCAAUGUGGACGAUGAGGGCAACGAGCUGGGCUCUGGGAUCAUGGAGCUCACCCAGACUGAGCUCAUUCUUCACACACGUAAGCGGGACGCCAUCCGGUGGCCGUAUCUCUGCCUGCGACGCUACGGCUACGACUCCAACUUGUUUUCUUUCGAGAGCGGUCGUCGCUGUCAGACCGGGCAGGGAAUCUUUGCAUUCAAGUGCUCCCGGGCAGAAGAGAUCUUCAAUCUGCUUCAGGAGCUGAUGCAAUGUAACAGCAUCAACGUGGUGGAAGAGUCUAUGAUGAUGAGUCGCAGUGGUCACACACCAGAGAUGGACAUGUCUCGCACACCACAGACUCCCAACACUCCAGCGUUCCCUGUCCAGGCGUUUCCCAAUGGAUACCCUGGUUAUCCAAUCAGAGGUGAUUCCUCCCAACCCUCUCUUGCUGAUGAUCAUGGACAUAGUCUCAUGGGUUUGGAAGACCAGACCCACACCUAUGUAAAUACUGUUAGUAUGGAGGGGGAUCUCUCUAUGCGUCACUGUGUGCACUCCCUGCCCGAGGUGCGACCCAGCACUUUCCCUGAAACAACAAGGGGAGCCAUGCCUGUCGGGGGCCAAGGAAAUCCGCAGUCCAACCUGCGGUGCCGUCCCCUGGAGGAGCAUAACGAUCCUCAGGUGUUCUUACAGCCGUCCUCGCAGGAGGUCAAAUUCAUGCUGGGCCCCACGCCGGCACAGCGCCAUCUGCUGGAGAGAGAGAGGGAGAGGCAUGGGCACAAUCCUCACAACCUUCAGCCAGUAGAGGGUGCAACAGGCUCAGAGACGGAGGGAGAUGAGCCCUCCAUGCACCUGUGCAACUCUCACUCCUAUCACCAUUUCCAUCACCAUACCCACCGGCACCCGGGCCUCGACCACCCGGAUAGCUGCCAGAGCGGCGAACUCACCUACGAGAACAUCAACGGUCUGAGGAGCGUCCGGAAGCAGCGGUUGAGUCCCAGCAGUGUGUCGCAGUCUGUGGGUUCGAGCAGCAGCAGCAGCACUGGGGACAGUCACUCCCACUCCCUCCUGCACCCGCACUCCCACGGCCCGUCGUCUCUACCCCCGCAGGGCUACCCCUGUGAGAGGGGAAUGGGUGGGGGUCAUCGUCGGACAGCUCUGCUUAACUACGAGAACCUGCCCUCUCUGCCGCCGGUGUGGGAGUACAGCGCUCUGCAGCGGGAUGACGAACAGGAAGAGGAAGACGAUGAGCAGGAUGAGGAGGAAUACGAGGAAGAAGAGGAAGACUUUGAUGAGUAUGAGUUCUCAGAAGGCCCUGGGACACCCAACGGGUACCACCAGGAUGGUCGGGGCAUCCACAGAGAUGCUCUGCAGAACUAUGUCAACACAGAGCAGGUCCAGCCACCCCGGCUCCGACACGCCUGCCCCCCACACCCACGGCCAUGUCAGCCAGACAGAGGGGGGCGAAUAUUUAGCUUUGAUUUCCGCAGACGAUCGAGGUCAGGGGUUGGAGGCUGUGAGCACGGCCACAUGCCUCCAUCGCGGCAGCUGAAUUACAUCCAGGUGGACCUAGAGGGAGAACCUCCCUGCCAAGCCCUCAGCGGCGGGGGUGCCCAGACCCAGCCACAGCACCAGCGCCUACCACCCAAAAAAUGUGGCCCACAGGUACCCCGGCGCAGUGAAUGCUACGCAGUCAUUGACAUAAAGAAGACCGCUGCCAUGUCCAACCUGCAGAAAGCUCUGCCCAGGGAUGAUGGGACUUCCAGAAAGACUCGCCACAACAGCACAGACCUGCCUCUGUAAACGGUGUUCAAACUGAAGAGGAGC